CCACGAUGUUCUGGAGGAAAGAUGGAGAGGAGCUUCAUGAGGACGUGGACCUCGGAGAGAUCCUCCCCAACAACGAUGGAUCCUUCCAGAGGAGUGUUGACCUGAAUCUUUCAUCAGUCACACCUGAAGACUGGAGGAGGUACGACUGUGUGUUUCAUCUCUCUAGUGUGAAGGUGGACAUCAUCACCAAACUGGACAAAGCAAAGAUCAGAACCAACUGGGGCAAAAUCGUCUUUAGAAAAAACAAAGGUUUGCUCUCAGAUGGGUCCAGCAACAUCACCAUACCGAUUACUGCUGCAGUGGUUGUUCUCGCUGUCGUUGUCAUCGCUGUUAUUGGAUUUACUGUUUACAAAAAUAAUAAAGGUGAGAGCUGAGUUCAUGCUCUUAUUCAGACUGCAAAAUUGAAGUACAGUGA